AAUAAAAAUAAAGAAAACACACACACACACACACACACACACACACACACAAAGUUGAGCAACAAAAAUACACUUCCCUCUCAAAUUCUGAAUCAAUCCAAAAACUAGAAAACAAAAACAAACAGAAAGCCCGUUUCACUCCAAUAAUUAUUUCCGAUCCCCCUUUUUUUUUUUCUUUUUUUUUUCCCUCUCUCCCUUUCUAUCUCUUUCUAUGCACAUCCGCCAAAACCCAAACCAAAUAAAUCCCUCCUCAACCCCCCUUCAAACCCCCUCAGCCAACUCCCAACCAAACAGAAAACUCCCACCUCCCAAAACAAUCACCAUGAAUCCCUCUCAAGCUCCAUCCAUGGUGAUGAUGAUCAUGAUGGUCUUGAUCAUCGCCAUGAUCAUACCCCUUCUAGCUUCCACUUCUUCUUCAUCACCAUCCAACAAAAUAUCAUACCCAGAUUUCCAAAGCUUAAAUGUGAAAGCUACAAUCACAGCUAUGGUGAAAAAUCCUAAGCCUCCCACCAACACAUCAGAAUCUGAUGAUGAUGAUGGAAUCUUUCAAGGCCACGAUAACGAUGAAAGUGAAAGAAAAUGGAAGCUGAAGCUUCUUCACAGGGACAAGAUGGCUACGAUGAGCAACAACAAUUUGCUUGGUGAUCUUCAUCAUCAUUUCCAAGAACGCAUGAAGAGGGACGUCCAAAGGGUAGCUGCCCUUGUUCGGCGUCUCGAGCGCCAGCAAUCGGAAGCCGGAAGUCAGAGUUUCGAGGUGGAGGAUUUCGGGUCGGAGGUGGUUUCCGGUAUGAACGAAGGGAGUGGAGAAUACUUUGUGAGGAUUGGAGUUGGUAGCCCUCCUAGAAGCCAGUACAUGGUCAUUGACUCCGGCAGUGAUAUUGUGUGGGUCCAAUGCCAACCAUGUAGUCAAUGUUACCAUCAAUCCGACCCGGUAUUUGACCCGGCUGCUUCCGCCUCUUAUACCGGAGUCUCUUGUAGCUCCGCCGUCUGUAACCGCCUCGAGAACGCCGGCUGCCAUGCCGGACGGUGCCGAUAUGAGGUCUCCUAUGGUGAUGGGUCCUACACUAAGGGAACUCUUGCUCUCGAAACUCUUACAUUCGGGCGGGCUGUGAUCCGGAAUGUGGCUAUCGGAUGCGGGCAUAUGAACCAGGGGAUGUUUGUCGGGGCAGCGGGUUUGUUGGGUCUAGGAAGUGGAUCCAUGUCGUUCGUGGGUCAGCUUGGGGGACAAACCGGAGGGGCAUACAGUUACUGUUUGGUAAGUCGGGGCACCGUUUCAUCUGGGUCACUUGAAUUUGGGCGUGGAGCAAUGCCCGUGGGUGCUGCAUGGGUGCCUCUGGUCCGAAACCCACGGGCUCCAAGUUUCUACUACAUCGGGCUUGUAGGUCUUGGAGUUGGAGGCAUAAAGUUACUCAUUUCGGAAGACAUUUUCCGGUUAACCGAAUUGGGUUAUGGAGGAGUUGUCAUGGACACCGGAACCGCCGUGACUAGGCUGCCGACAUUGGCCUACGAGACAUUCCGGGAUACUUUUAUUCAACAAACCGCAAACCUCCCUCGGGCCUCCGGGAUAUCCAUUUUCGAUACAUGUUAUAAUCUAAACGGGUUUAUAUCGGUGCGGGUACCAACCAUAUCCUUUUACUUCUCGGGUGGGCCAACCCUGACCCUUCCAGCAAGUAAUUUUCUGAUCCCAGUAGAUGACAAGGGAACUUUCUGUUUUGCGUUUGCUCCAAAUCCUACAGGUCUAUCCAUUAUAGGGAACAUUCAGCAAGAGGGGAUCCAAAUUUCCAUUGAUGGGGCAAAUGGGUUUGUAGGAUUUGGCCCCAAUGUUUGCUAAGUAAAUAUAAAGAGACUGAAUUUU